UGAACUGAUCCGAUGGUCGGACACUGUUUUGCUCAAAAACGACAAAUCUGUAGACAAACAAACGGUCACUGAUAUAGCGAAGAAUGUCUACGAAUCUGUUAAUAGUCUCGUCCAGUUAUGUAUCGAUCGCUACAAUAGCAGAGAAAACGCUGUCAAGAAUAACGAGGAGAGAACGUCAGCGCCAACCGGCGGGUCGUCGGCCGGACUGUUCACUCAAACGUUGGGCCGACCGACCAAAAAGCCGGCACCCAUUUCGCUGGCGCUGUUGAACUCGUCGUCGGCGCACAGAUCGUCGCUCCCGGAGAUACCACUCUCUCCGCGCGAGAAGGAGAUCCUCGAGACGACAAACUUUCCGACUCCACCGCCGGUUCCCUUCCGGAGCGCUCAUAUCGAUCGCCUAAAUCACUCGCUAUCGUCGGACAAUGUCCUCAAUUCCUCGUCUCGCGGGGAUGUCUUUGACGGUCCAAUUCAAGCGCCACCAAAGCCUCCGUUACCCGUCGGCGUCGACGGUCUGCCUCUCUCUGUGUCCAAUAUAGUGGAGAGCGGCGUCGAAGACCGCUCGGCUGCCCGCCCGCCACCGCUUCCGCCCAAAA